AUGGAGAUGAUUGAGAAGAAUGAGACUUGGGAGCUAGUGGGCAAACCAAGUGAGAAACCUGUGAUUGGUGUUAAAUGGAAGCAUAAGGCUAGGUUGGUAGUCAAAGGCUAUGCACAAAACCCUGGAAUUGACUUCAAUGAGACUUUUGCUCCUAUGGCCAGACUAGACACCAUCAGAACACUCAUAGCUUUGGCAGCUCAAAAGGGGUGGAAGCUAUACCAGUUAGAUGUUAAAUCUUCAUUUCUAAAUGGUGUGCUUAAGGAAGAGGUUUAUGUAGAUAAGUCUGAUGGAUUUGUGGUUCCACACUAUGAGGAUAAGGUGUACAAAUUGAAGAAAGCUCUGUAUGGUUUAAAACAGGCUCCAGGAGCUUGGUAUGAGGAAAUCAAUGCCUAUCUCAUUAGCUGUGGAUAUGUCAGAAGCACAAGUGAGGACACAUUCUCCACUUGGUGGAUUUUUGACUUACUAAAAUCUAUUGAAAUAGUUUGCAUUUUGGUCGGAUGUGUCCACGAGCUCCACAAUAAUGACACUUGGGUGUAA